GAUGCCCGUCAUGGCCGCCUCCGUGGGCCGAGGCGGCGUGAAUGCGAAGGUUCUCUUACAGGCUGCUAGGAGCACCUGGUGGAGCAAACCCAGGAGCCAUCCGGGGUUAGGGGAGGCGACGCCGGCGACAACUAGGAAGUUCCGGGCGACAGGCGCGCGCCCGGAGGAACAGGAGGAGGCUGGCGGCCCCGAACGGCCCGGGGACGUGGUGAACGUGGUGUUCGUGGACCGGUCAGGCCAGCGGAUCCCAGUGAGCGGCAGAGUCGGGGACAAUGUUCUCCACCUGGCCCAGAGCCACGGGGUGGACCUGGAAGGGGCCUGUGAAGCCUCCCUGGCUUGCUCCACCUGCCACGUGUAUGUGAGCCAGGACCACGUGGACCUGCUGCCACCUCCCGAGGAGAGGGAGGACGACAUGCUGGACAUGGCCCCCCUGCUCCAGGAGAACUCACGGCUGGGCUGCCAGAUCGUGCUGACCCCGGAGCUGGAAGGAGCAGAGUUCACCCUGCCCAAGAUCACCAGGAACUUCUAUGUGGAUGGCCACGUCCCCAAGCCCCACUGACACCGGCGGCUGGGCCGCCUGAUCACAUGGCCCCAAGACCAGGACUGAAGGAACAGCGGGGCCCUGCUCAGGGCCUGGGCAGGCCGAGAGACGCCGGAAGCCCGCAGGACAGAGCCCCCACUUGGGAAAGGCCUGGCGUCCAGGCUCUGGGGGAACAGGUCCCUGCUUGGGCGACCCCCCAAGCCCCUGAGGCUGGGGCCGCGUAGGGGUGGGCUCGGGUGGGAGCCGCAAUAAAGCUGUCUCCACUCGCG